AUGCGACAGGAACAGUUCCCAGGCAUCUGUCAAAGACAUGGCAUUGAGGCCAAACCAAAGCCGAUACUGUACUUCGUCUAUGUGAGCCCAUACAGCUCGACCACAUACAUGGCCUCCCUCGUGGAGUUUCCUUUUCAGUCUACUCCAGUAUGCCUCAAUGGCAUUGGUGUGUCAUCCGGUGGUUGGGUCCUUGAAUUUCUUUGUGUGGUUAACAGAGAAAUGUAGAUAACCUUCUGAGGGAAGACGAUUAUACGCCUUCCACUCGUCCGUUACCAUUACACUGCCUUUGGCGACCCAUUUUGUAAUAACCGAACGGACAGCGGGCCAACUUCGAUCAUUCAUCUGUUCAAAUAAGGCUUUCCGUCGGCUAGUAUCGUACAUCCCGACCAGUCACCUCCCAUAAAACCCUUAUUACCACCUGUUCCGUAAGACAGGCUGCUUUGGUUAGGCGGAUUUUUUGGGUGCCAUCUCCCGAUUGUUACCGGCAUGGCGUGCAGGACAGUGCUGAUACUGUAGCCACUGUAACGCUGAGAAUCGACAGGUCUUUGAAAAUUACUCGGAAGUUGAGAGGGUAGGACUGCCUUUUCGUGCCAUCCUAGCAAGCGGCUUCGACUAAAAACAAGUGGCACCGUCGGCCCGAAAAAACACUGAGUCUAAUUGCAAAUCUGUCAUGAUAACUAAAAACUGUUUUCCUAUUGGCUCAAACUAUUAGUCUCGAGGACUCGAACAGUUGAGAAUGGACACAUUGGUUGUCUUCUAUUAUGGUAGCAGGAACUCAUGAUGGAUUUCUCAUAUUCUUAAACACUGACUGAUGAUGAUGUGGAAUCAGGAACUGUCGAGGAAAUCAAGGCAGGUUCUGCUCCUUUUGAUAUUUGUGCGCACGCUGCCGACUGAAUUGUUUGGGAAGCAUUCGACUAACAUUUCUUCUCCCUAAUAUCACACUGCUCUUGAAGCCGACAAAUCUGGUAAUCGGGAAGCUUCCAAGGAGAUGGUGGGGCUAGCAAUUAGUCAACUAUAUCCGUGGCAAGAUUAAAAAAACUGUUGACGCCACCGUCAAAGAUAGAGGGAAUCAGUGUUCCAUAAUCAACGUGUUUUAUCUUCUAUAGCUUACAGGAUGAUAGAACAGUUCCGAACCUGUAGAAGUAAGAUACGGUCGAGAAAGGAGACGAAUGGAUUUGAAAUAGCAAUACGUCAUUGAUUACGAAGACUUUUGGUGAAUAGAUAAGAUUGUGAGGAUGGAAUCGUUGAACAAAUUGCCUCGUAUCACCCAGACAUAUCAGAAGAUCAGUAACGCACAGGGCCAAAACUGGGAGGCUGACGGAAUUCUGUGCUAGGCAACAACAACCUCCCUUUACCUAAACCAGAUAUAUAUCCGAUGAUUUUGGUCGACUGCAAUCUAUGCAGAGAAAACGUCAAAAUACACCCAAUACUCUUCUGUAAAAUAACCCACAUUAAGCUUCUCGCAAAAAUGCUGCCAGUAGCAUGAGUUUGAGAUGAAUCUAAGAUAUUACCUGCUUUUCAAGCGGGAAACUUGAGCACUUGUCACUUGUGACUGCGUUCUUGGCGCCCGAAAAAGCGCAGGUACAUCAAGCGGAGUGGCAUGUGAGCUGCCCAUGAUCACAUUGAUGGAAUAAAGUCAGAAAUUCCACAAGGCUUAUCAUUUCUGUUGGAAGAAGAAUAAGAAAGUAUUAGUAUCCGGUUUUAAUAUGCUUGCCAAGUAGGCUGGCAUGCGCCUAUUUUUUUCGCAAACUUCCCCUCCUUUGUUCUUUGUUAAUAACUUUUUAUCAGCUUUGCCGCUGUUUGUGACAGUUUCACUUUUCCAGGGGAUGAACACAAAAAGUUGUAUAAAACGGCUGCCGCUCUGGACGUCCUCAUGAUCCAUUUAUUUAGUCAUAGUUCUGAACAAAACCUGCGUCAAGGAAAUCAAACACGCUCCCCUGCCACGCAAACGAGGUCUAAAAGCGGUAUCGACAAGUCCAAGGAGGUUGUUGUAUUUGUCUUUCCGUGUGCAGAGGUGGGUCUGCCGAUCGUCUUUUGUCCAUUCAUUCUCACGAGGCACGUGGCAGCAUUUGAGUAAGGCCGAAACAAAACUGGCGCAUGACAAAAGUCGGCGGACCUUCCUUGUUAUUCCGACGCGUGUAGAAGUACUUUCAGCGGCAGACUUAGUAUGUUUUUGUCCUGAUGUUAUUCUGCCACGCCCGUCGGCUGAAUCGUUUUAUCUUCCUGUCGGGAGAUUUUGGGGCUAGGAACGGUUUUCCAUCGGGUGAUCUGCAUGAAUGGGCCCUGCUGGGGUCGCCUUGCACUGUCAAGUUUGGCUUCACUCGGAAAUAUCUUAGAUGAAAACUGGGUAGCUAACCCACACAUUAGGUAGUCAACACCUAGGAUGUGUUUACUAAUUUCUUUUUAUGUUAGUUUUUGGCUGGAGCCCACAGAAAAACCGAUGAGGAUCGGGAGAAGGACCCCAAGAAAUUUGUGGCAUACAAGGAAUACCUACCAUACUUUUUAAGUGCGUUUUAGUCCGACACGAUUAUUCCGGUUUGAUGCUUCAUCGUCCAAAUAUGGGUCGUCUGUUGUAGACGGUCUGAUGCAUUAUCUACAAUGACCUCAUCUCCGAGCGUUGAGAAGCGAUCGUUGUAGACACUUAACGUUUAUUUUUUUAAUUGUCCUGCUUAAUUUCGGUUGCCAUGUCAAUGCCAUAAAACCUUUCCACCCAAAAGACGUACUUGCCAAUUAUCUGUACUUAUUCUGCCAUUCCUCUAUGCAUACAUAGGCACCGCCCGUAAAUCCCGUAUUACCACCUUUCCCGUAAGACAGGCAUCUUUGGCUGCUAGUGUGUGUGUUUGGCGUCCCUAAACCGGUCGUUGCCUAAAACAUGUUCUUUUCUACGUUACCUGAAUUUGGCCGUUCAUGUAGUCCUGCACCCGAAUGAUGACGCGCUUUGGUGACUGCGCAGAAAGCUCACAACUUUCAUUCUCUCUUGGCUGCAUCCCUCAAAGAGAUUUUCGACUCGAAUAUAAUCCUAAAGUGUAAUUAUAAUAGUGAUGAUGUUCGGGAGCGAUAUCAGCUCACUCCACACACUGUGCUUUGCUAAUGUGGCGCCGAAAACUUUUGGAUCAUUCACAAGGUUCCGACUCAAACCCACUCAGGACACAAGAGCGCGUCUUUUCUCCCACUUUUUGUGCUUACAAAAGGCAAAUUACUUUUCAUGCAAAUGCUUCACAAAGGGUGCAUUUCUUGUACACAUUUAAAUAACCCGAGUAGCAAGAUGUCCUGAGACGUUUGCUAUGCCACUAACCAUCGCAGAUCCCGCCAGGGAGCGCGAGCCUUAACUCUGCGGCAGUCAAUAAACCCAAUUAUGUCGCUGCCCGCUUGAUUGCCGUUGCUUGAUGCGGCAUGGUGAAAUAGUAGGAGUAAUUGGACUCUUCGUAUUCAGACGCCUUCACCCAUCCUACCGAUAGAGCAGUUUGAGGUACCAGGAUAGCGCUGGACAGCGGAUGAGGCCGUACAUUGCAACGCGCAUCACUCAUCUCGUGGAACUACUACCACCCUCUCCGACCUUCUCAUUACUAGCCGUUAAAUCAAUUCCCAAUCACGUUUGUACAUGGUGUCGCUGCGUAUUCGUCGACUUCUCAUUUUUCGGACCUGAGGAAACACUUUUUCACUGUUCAGCCUCCUUACUACCCACUGCUUGCAUCAGACAGGCGUAAAUAAGCUGGCAGACAGCCACGCGAUGCCCUCUCCGAGCUCUUAUCAACCUGGGCUUGAACGUCGACACCAAUAUGCGUAUUUUACACUGCCCACUGGUCCGCAGACCCCGCUUAGAGGGUAUCCCUUUUGAUUCAGAUAGAGACGUCUGUUUGCGGUAGCAUAAAAGCAAAAAAGGUACCAAGUUUAGUGAGAAUCGACUUAGAGCAAAUUAUGCAUCGCUAGAACACUGAAAACGAGCAUGUAUACGCUUUUAAAACGUUAACUUGGCUGGAUCUUAUUUCGUAGCCGUACCUGCAGUAGACAAGCUCUAGCCUAACCCCUAACCCCAACCCAUAAUCCCUAAUCCUAACCCCUAACCCCUGACCCAAACCCCUAACCCUAGCCCUAACAUUAACCCCUAGCCCUAUCCCCCUAACAGGUAUGGCUACGAAAUAAGGUCUUGCUGUUAACUUUGUAAAAGUCUCGCGAACAAUCACCCUUUUUUGUCGGUGGCCUGUAAUAGGCCCUUAGCGACCCAACAGUGAGCCUACGUAUGUCCAACUAAGAGUUCCUGACCUGGUUUCAUGCGGUACCUCAACAGACGCCCACACGAUAUCCGCCACUGCCCCACGGCUUGGACACAGUCGUGACAUGUGCACAAAUUAGUGAGGCAGGCUUGCGCUAGACUUGCCUUACGCGUCCCCUGACCACAAGCGCCACCUUCUGGUGACAAGGCAAAGUCCAGACGACCGGAGGUGGGCGUGGGCGCAGCAAAGUUAAACAGCCGGUUUACGCAUGACGCCCACAACGUGGACCCCCUACCUCCACACGUACCGCCAGAUCUCACAUAAUUUAAACCGCCAUAAAGGCCGCUAGAAGGGGCGCAUUUGCCGUCUGCUCCACAGGCCGGACAAAGUUGUUCCGGUCAGUUGACGAUUUUCUCCGCCAGGACCGUCGGCGCAAAAUGACUAGUUUAGAGGUCGUUUGAUUUUUAUGUAGAACAACUAGGCUCUAGAUCUGAGGUAGAUCGAUCUCGAUCUCUCUCGCUCCCCUCCCCUUCGCACUCGCCAGUAGAUUGGGCCUGCAGGCUGAGUGAUCAAAAGUUCCAAACGAUCGCAGGAAUGACUUUAUUCUCCGUCUGUCGUUUUCCAUAGAUCUUGGCUAGUUUCCACUUCUAAGUACUUGGGACGCACAGAAAGUCACAAGAAUAUUUAAUGAGAGGAGAAAACCGUCAGUACCUGGGAGAAACGGAACACAGACAGCAAACUAACGUAAAUAAGCUUCAGCUCACGAAGAAACGCACAAAACAAAGCUCCUUAUUGCAAUGCAAAGAGAGGCGAUAGGACAUACCUUUGAUUUGGACACUGUAAAGAUUCUAGGUGAAGACACUAAACGAACCGAACGGCAGCCCUUGAGGCCUGAUUCUUGAAAACGGAAUCAUUUGGGUGACACACACUCUUCCACUCCUUCCCACCAGUUUUUUACGUCUCUGCGUGGACCGAGCGCAUCAAAAUCGGGAAGAGAUGAAUGCGAUGGCCAGAGAUUGCCAGUCACGUUACUCUGUGUGGCGGUUCCACGUACGCAGUCCGUUUUAUUUUAUGUCAUGCUACGAAAAGAAGGAUUAGUAGUUUAUGUCUGUGUCCUAGCCUCUUUAAAGCUGUACUCCAAUCCCUACUAAGUCCCUUCUGGUCAGCUUCAAGGCCUCAAAACUCCGGUUUAUUAAUGCUCAUUAUGACCUAUGUGAUCAAACAGUCAGUUAUUUUGCAACUUACCCAGUUUUAUCAUUCUUCGGUCAACAAGUGCCGUACUUAUACGGGAAACUAACCACAGAAUAUCCUACGCGAUAAUAACUUAGUGACUGCCUUUUUUAAAUAAAUGUUAAUGAACUGGUAACUUUGGUGAGGAUGACAAGAUUUCUGUCCGGUGGGCAAAGAAAAUGCAGAUUUGCUACAUGCCCUUUGCUAAGCAAUUCAUGAACUAGUUGUCAUGUUAUCACAACCUUCUAAUCUUCGGUACAUUAAAAAUCUGUACUGCGGUAGGUGUUUAUGCAAUCAUAACCUCACGGGAGUCAGCACUCCCUGAGUAAUAUCGAAAUAUUUACUUCCGGUUGUAAUGGGAAGAAAAAUUCCGGAGAAGAAGUCACCUUUGGCGGACGUAUGUUAUCAAUUAUCCAUCCUCAGGCCUGUAUAGCAAUAUACGAUACAUCAGCGUAGUAUACUGUCGGACUCCCCUUUUCCCCUUCUCAUGCCUCUGAAAGGACUGGAUUAUAAGUACUCUUGUUGUCUGUCAUAUGUGAACAACCCCUAUUCCCCUCUCUCCCAUAAACGCUUUUAAUUUAAUGUUCUGCUCAUCCCGUUAUUUCACUGUAUAAACCUUAGGAUUAAUCAUCUAAAGUUCGCACACGCCGAAUCUGACUUCGUCAGUGUUUACAUGGUCUCUUUGCAGCAUUUGGAGGAAGCCACCGUGUGAGUGUACUUUAUUAUAUUAUUAUUCUACCCAUACUCACAAGUUUUUUGGUUUCUUUUGUGCUCUUACCAUCAGAAAGCCCCUCAUUUCGUUAGUACGGUUAACGUAACAAGCACCUCCUGUCGGUUUCAGUAGUAAAUGCCCAAGAAAUUCUGCCUUCAUAUGCCAAUCGAGAAGAAAGAAAUUACUGAUUACGGUGCCACUAUCCAGUUGCACGACUAAGCUAAAUGACGGAUUUUGGGGUGUUUUUGAACUAUAAAUGUAUGCCUAAUUGAUUAAUUUAGGUAAACCACAGAAUUCAACUAAUAGAUUGUGUCUUUCCAAACACCGCAGGUACUCUUGUCUGCUGUUUUCCAAACAGCGAGCUCCUAUAUUUCUCACUACAAUUCCCUUUUUGCAUGCGAUGAUAACGCUUCAAGUCUGCUUAUUUUUCAUUCGCUUAAAAACCGUCGCCAAAAUUUCACAAUUGAUACCUUGCCUGUAUGGUCAACUUAAAAUUGUUUCCCUGAGCUUGUUAGCGCCUUCUAUACCGAAACACCUACUGAUAACUAACCAGCGGCUAUUUGGGGAUAUGUCAACUGUGAUCCAGUGUGAAAAAAAAUAAUAUUUUCCUACCCCACCUGGAAGGACAAAUCUCCGUCUGUUUAGGUGGGCGGAUCGUGCUCUAAAAAUGAAAGGAAGAAGAAGAAGAAGAAGAAGAAGAAGAAGAAGAAGAAGAAGAAGAAGAGGAAGAGGAAGAGGAGGAGGAGGAAGAGGAAGAGGAAGAGGAAGAGGAAGAGGAAGAAGAAGAAGAAGAAGAAGAAGAAGAAGAAGAAGAAGAAGAAGAAGAAGAAGAAGAAGGAGAAUGUACCAUUUCGUUUCUUCUCUUGGAAUUUCACCCUAUCUCAGGAGUUCAUCACUAG